AUGUCCGUGGCGGUAGAAGAGGGACGAAAGUCAAACGCAAAAGGGAGAUGCGCAACAUGGAUGUGGCGUUUGUUUCCGCAUGUUUGCCUAAUUUUAUCUCUCAUUGUUUAUACGACGUUGGGAGCGCUGAUGUUUUGCCAGAUUGAGAAGAACCAUUUUAACGAGUCGGCGGAGUUCCGAGCGGUUGUACGCAAAGUGGUGGAGACUGUUCAGAAUCACACUGAGUCAUCGAUGCAGCAAGACUUGCUGAAUAACAUAGAAACGAUUUUGAAAGCUUUCAGUACUAAAAAGGAACAGAAUCAGAACUGGACCUUCUAUGGAUCACUUUUCUUUUGCUGUACCGUGUUCACUACAGUGGGUUAUGGGCAAAUGUAUCCUGUGACUACAGAGGGGAAGGUGGCUUGUAUCUUUUAUGCGAUGGUGGGCAUCCCUCUCAUGUUGCUGGUCAUCUCAGAUGUGGGCGAUAUGUUAGCUGUUCUCUUGUCUAAGGUGUAUGCUCGUCUCAGCUUGUUCUUCAAUCAACUGGUGCUUAAUUGCUUGAGGAGCCUUCAAAGCGAUAGCAAAGAAUCACCUCCCCACCAAGUGCAAGGUUCUCCUGCUGAGGAUAUCUAUACUUUUAGCAAGGAUGUGGUGGUGCAUGAGACAAUGGACAUUCAGCGAGUGAUAAGAACCCAGUCUUCCUUCAGAAACAAGUCCUUACAGCUUCGUAAUAACAAAGAGAUCUUUGAUCGGAUUAUUGUGAAAGAAAACUUCAAGCUUCAAAGGGAGCGUUUCAAGAGCUCUCGAACAAAAUCCAGCUCCUGUCCGGAGCUUGACCGUGUACCCCUACAGACAGGCAAGCUCUUCACCGACAUUGGACAGGAGAUGGAUCAUUUUAAAUCCCCCUUGCUGGUUAUUCUGCUGGUAGUAUUUGGUUACAUGGUGAUCUGCAGUCAAAUUUUGAAACGGUGGGAGAAAGAGAUGGAUCACUUUGAUGCCUUUUAUUUUACUUUCAUCACCUUGACCACCAUCGGUUUUGGUGAUAUUGUGCCUAAGCACCCAAUGUACUUCAUGGUUACCUUUUUUUUUAUUAUCAUGGGCAUGGCCAUUAUGAGUAUGGCCUUCAAACUCGGCCAAUCAAAAAUUGUUAGCUUUUAUAGGCGGUGCAUAAUGUGUCUUAGCAUGGGCAAUGUACUGCACAAAGAUCUAGAGAGUAAGUGA